AUGCCGCAUCUCUGCUCUCUCACCACCAGCAGCAUCUCUGCUCUCUCAGCACCAGCAGCAUCUCUGUUCUCUCACCAACACCACCAUCUCUGCUCUCUCAUCACCAGCAGCAUCUCUGCUCUCUCACCACCACCAGCAUCUCUCCUCUCUCACCAACAUCACCAUCUCUGCUCUCUCAGCACCAGCAGCAUCUCUGCUCUCUCACCACCACCAGCAUCUCUGCUCUCUCACCAACAUCACCAUCUCUGCUCUCUCAGCACCAGCAGCAUCUCUACUCUCUCUUCACCACCAGCAUCUCUGCUUUCUCAGCAUCAGCAUCUCUGCUGUCUCAAAAGCAGCAUCUCUGCUCUCUCAGCAGUCGACACCAACCACACCACCACGAUGAUGACCACCACCUGGGUCGUCCUUCUGCUGUGUCUGGUCGUCGUCAUCGCUGCCCCAGUCCCCCAGGACGACAACCCCAACCAGGGUCGUAUUCUGGUACUACCCCUGCCCACCAGUAUGGUUGCAAACAUACCCAACUGGAGCCUACCAUGGCCUCCCAUACCCACCAGUUUGCUUAAUAACAUACUCAACUGGAACCUACCAUGGCCUCCCAUAACAUUGUGCUCCACUACCAUAAUCUGCCUGUCCACUACUGCCACUGGGUAGUGAGUUAGCUCUCUCGUAGAUGAGUCAAGGGUGAGUCAGAGUGCCAAACGAUGUCCUCGAUGCUCUACUGAAGUCUCCCAACACAGGCUGACACUACUGAAGUCUCCCAACUCAGGCUGACACUACUGAAGUCUCCCAACUCAGGCUGACACUACUGAAGUCUCCCAACUCAGGCUGACACACUUCCCAAAUAUGAAAGAAUGAAGGAGAACCACAGUAGGCCUAUUGGCCCAUGCAAGGUAGGCGGCCUAACUCACACCCAUUCAUGCACCCAUCCACUCAUCCACAACUCUACUGCCAAACCACUGCUUCCCUAUAUCCUGUCUAAAUCUAAUACUACCCAACUUCACCCACAGCUACGAGUCCUGACUACGUUAGUCAUUUUCGACAAGUUAUUUAUACCCCCAAUAUUUUUUCCUGUUUUACACUUGUACAGUUUAAUCAUAUCUUAAUUCUGGGUCUUUCCAGAGAAUGUAAUACCAGAGCCUUCAGCUUAUCUUCGUAGGAAAGAUUUCUGACAAUAUGGGAUCAACUUUGUCAUUUUCUGUAUAUUUCCAGCGCUAUGUCUUAGAAUCCUUUCCCGUGAGGAUAGACUGAAGGCACCGAACCAGCUUUGUUUCCUGUGUGAUGGAAUAUGACAGUGUAACCAUCCUGUGUGAUGGAAUAUGACAGUGUAACCAUCCUGUGUGAUGGAAUAUGACAAGGAACCAUCCUGUGUGAUGGAAUAUGACAGUGUAACCAUCCUGUGUGAUGGAAUAUGACAAGGAACCAUCCUGUGUGAUGGAAUAUGACAAGGAACCAUCCUGUGUGAUGGAAUAUGACAAGGAACCAUCCUGUGUGAUGGAAUAUGACAGUGUAACCAUCCUGUGUGAUGGAAUAUGACAAGGAACCAUCCUGUGUGAUGGAAUAUGACAAGGAACCAUCCUGUGUGAUGGAAUAUGACAGUGUAACCAUCCUGUGUGAUGGAAUAUGACAAGGAACCAUCCUGUGUGAUGGAAUAUGACAGUGUAACCAUCCUAUGUGAUGGAAUAUGACAAGGAACCAUCCUGUGUGAUGGAAUAUGACAGUUUAACCAUCCUGUGUGAUGGAAUAUGACAGUGUAACCAUCCUGUGCGAUGGAAUGUGACAGUGUAACCAUCCUGUGUGAUGGAAUAUGACAGUGUAACCAUCCUGUGUGAUGGAAUAUGACAGUGUAACCAUCCUGUGUGAUAGAAUAUGACAGUGUAACCAUCCUGUGUGAUGGAAUAUGACAGUGUAACCAUCCUGUGUGAUGGAAUAUGACAGUGUAACCAUCCUGUGUGAUGGAAUAUGACAGUGUAACCAUCCUGUGUGAUAGAAUAUGACAGUGUAACCAUCCUGUGUGAUGGAAUAUGACAGUGUAACCAUCCUGUGUGAUGGAAUAUGACAGCAGGACACAAUUUGUCACUCAGAAGAUGACAGCAUUAUAAAGGACACUACUAACAUAUCCAACUCUUAAAAGUUGGAUACAUUAGUACACUGACUCACUGCUGCUUGUCAGUGAGUCAGUGUAACUUCACUGUUAUUCUGAGUUACUACUGACUCACUGCUGGUUGUCAGUGAGUCAGUGUAAACUUCACUGUUAUUCUGAGUUACUACUGACUCACUGCUGGUUGUCAGUGAGUCAGUGUAACUUCACUGUUAUUCUGAGUUACUACUGACUCACUGCUGGUUGUCAGUGAGUCAGUGUAACUUCACUGUUAUUCUGAGUUACUACUGACUCACUGCUGGUUGUCAGUGAGUCAGUGUAACUUCACUGUUAUUCUGAGUUACUACUGACUCACUGCUGGUUGUCAGUGAGUCAGUGUAACUUCACUGAUAUUCUGAGUUACUACUGACUCACUGCUGGUUGUCAGUGAG